GGGGAAAACUUAAAAUCAAAAGCCCAAGAGGCCCAAACCCCAGCGGCGGCCAUGGAGAAGAAGAAGAAUGCCGCGGCGGCGGCGGCGAAGAAGAAGAAGCGGGAAUCGGAUGGACCCGCACGGAAGCGGGCACGGAGUGGCGGCGCCUGCGCCGAUGCCGCCGGCGAUCGCAUCAGCAACCUCCCGGACGCCAUCCUGGGCACAAUCGUCUCCCUCCUCCCGACCAAGGACGGCGGGCGCACGCAGGCCGUCUCCCGCCGCUGGCGCCACCUCUGGCGCUCAUCGCUGCUCAACCUCGAGGUCGGCGCCUUCCUCUCCGCCACCGCCGCCGCCAAGAUAAUCUCCGACCACCCCGGCCCCGCCCGCCGGUUCUGCCUCCGCCCCGGCGACUCCUACGCCGAUGUGGACAGCUGGCUCCGCUCCCGGGCUCUCGCCGGCCUCCAGGAGCUCGUCAUCUACUACGCGCGCGCCUCUGCUCGCACGCUGCCGCUAUCCGCUCUCCGCUCCGCCGCAUCCACGCUCGUCGUCGCCAAGUUCAUCGGCUGCGAAUUCCCCAACGAGAGUGUCAAACCGUCCAUGGAUUUCAACCUCCCGCUCCUCAAGCAAGUCACCCUGACCAACGUUUCCAUCUUGGGGGACGUCUUCCAUGGCUUGCUCUCUGGCUGCCAUGCCUUGGAGAGCUUGUCCAUGUGGAUAGUUCAGACUGCGGGUUGCCUCCGUGUUUGCUCGCCGACUCUUCGGAGCAUCGGCUUCCAUUUAUACUCUGGUGAAGAACUGGUCAUCGAAGACGCUCCUCGCCUUGAAAGACUACUAUUACCUUAUGCUUCCAUGGCUCGUCCUAUGACUAUCCGGGUAAUUAGGGCACCUCAACUUAAGAUAUUAGGCCCGUUCACGCCGGACAUCUCCAAACACCAAGUCUUCCAGGGAAUGAACCUAGUCAGCCUGGAGAACUCGAUGCGCACCGUGAAGGUUUUGGCAGUCGGGUCCUGUAAUCAUCAGCUGAAUGCAGUUCUUAGCGUCCUCAGGUGCUUCCCCUGUUUGGAAAAGCUCUAUGUCAUUUUUUACAGACUUUAUGGGAAGGAUAAGGAAAACGAGCCUCGGUAUGAUGACCGACUACAGCCAAUCGAAUGUCUACAGAACCAUCUCAAAACAGUGGUGUUCAAGUUCUAUUCAGGCAAUGAGCAACAGGUUGCCUUUGCCAGGUUCCUUGUUUUGAAUUCAAAAGUGCUAAACAAAAUUGAAUUCCAAGUACAUGAGGACUACAAAAGUCAAUCCAUGGCUCGUAUACACAGUCUGCUAAAAGUGGAAAACAGAGCUUCUCAGGAUAUUCAAAUUGAAUUCAGGGGCAAUUGUUAUUUUGUUUAUUACCAUGCCAAAAGAUGUAUCCAUGAUUUGUCAAUGGCCGACCCCUUCAGAUAAGGUUGACGCCUGAAGAUUGCAUUACCGUGUUCCAUUUCCUGUCUAAAGAUUCUCUAUGAUUCCGGCAAAUUAUGAAGUUACCCCUGUUUAAAAUGGAAAAGAUAUAUUUGGAUGCAAAAGGAGUUUAUUGCCAAAAAGUUCUUAGGGGACGGAGGUGCAAGAAAACCACUGAUGAAAAUUGUAACCGGAAGAUAGAUGGCAACCCCAGCUGCUGAAACUCCUCUUAGCCUGUGUGAUUGUCGCUUUCUUCGGCAUAAGCUGGGUAGAAUUUCAUGCUUGUGUUUGGAACUUAUUGUCUUUUCAGAUAUAUAUAUAAACAUAUGACAAAGUUUAAGGGCUGAUUUGAUUUUUUGCAUACAUAUAGCAUCUGUUUGAUGCUUA